AUGGUAUUCUAUAUAGGACGCCCACGCGCGCACCGCGCCUCCGAGGUCAAGCAUAUCUCCACAUACCGCGACAUGCACGACGCCAGCGACGGCGACCUCUUCGAAAUUGGCGGCUACGUAUUUGAGUGGGACGACGACUGCGUCCCGCCUGAGCUCUGCGAGAGGUGGCGAUUCGAAGGCGACCCUGCGUGCGAUUCUGCGGUGCGUCAGGUAUUCGCACACCCAGGCGAUACUGUAGGCAAGGAUCUGUUGCGGGCCGUGCAGAACUACGCGGAGGCGAACCCGGGCGAUCCUCGGUCGUCGCCGGUGCAUGCAUUCCUGUGUGAAAUCUCGCAGGCUCCUCCGACCGGCCUGCUGGCAUCUGAGGAGGAGGUUGUGAGUGCGCAGGAGCUCUUCUUGGACGACACUACGCAGAUAAUGCAAGCGUUCUUGCACUACAGCCUCGCAGGCGGCUUCGCCAGUCCCCGGAUUGUCAGAACGCUAGAGGCUGUGUCUUACGUCUUACCUCAUCAAAGAAAGAGUGGGACGCAACCUCCGACGACGCUUGAAGAGUUUGCCGCACAGGUACCGAAGGCAUCCUCGGACCGAACGUUCAACCGGCUGGUAGAAACGCUGCAGUUCGUGCUGGACGUCAUGGCAUGCACCGCGGACCCUGAUCCUCUUUCGCCCAAGACGGCCUACCUCCUGCCCGGCGGGCAAGGGUGGGCAUCGACAGUCCGCGUGCGGAUCCUUCACUCCAUUGCGCGCUGGCGUGUGCAAAUGCGCUGGGAGCGCGAGGGGCGCACAGUCGCUAUGCAAGACUCAAUCCCGAUCAGCCAGCAGGAGAUGGCAGCGACACUGUCAAGCUUCGCCACGGUCCCGAUGUGGUGUCUUCGACGCCUCCACGUCCCGCCGACCCCCGCGCGCGAGCGCGCCUUCCUCGCGCUCUGGCGGCACGUCGGCUUCUACAUGGGCGUCGCCCCCUCGAUCCUCCUCCGCCACUUCGCGACCGUGCCCGCCGCGGAGAAGUUCACCGUCACCGCCGUGCUCAACCUCUUCUUCGAAGAGCUCCCUGGCGCAGCGCCGGCGCCCGACUCGGGGGCGCGCGGACCGACGCUCCCGAUCCUCGUCGCGGUCUCGAACCGGCCGCCGCUGCCGACGACGCUCGCGUUCAACGUCGCGCUCACCGCGCACCUCCUCGGCGAAGCGCUCGCGGCGCACCUCUGUCUUCCCCCUGCGACGCUGAGGACGCGCGUGUGGAUGCACGCCGCGCUUGCGCUUCAGCGCGCCCCGCACGCGUUCGCGGCGGUGUGGCCGCGCAGGGGGUGGGUCGAGAAGCGGCGGGCGGCGAUGCGCGAGGGGAUGGCGCGGGUCGUGCGGCACAGCUUGGGCCUACGUCGAACCGCGUUCCGGCCGCGGACCGAGGGCGAAGGGGAGCUCGCGCCGGGGGUGGAGGAGCUGGAGAGCGUGGAGACGGAGCCGGAGCGGGCGCGGACGCUUUUGAGGAUGGGGGCGGAGGUGCUGGCGGAGAUGGUUGCUGUCUGUGCGGUCGCGGGCCUGGUGGGACUGAGGGUGGUGUGCUUCUGCUGGUGUCUUUGGCGAGGUUGA